GGCACAAAAACUUUGAUAUUUAAGUUUUGCAAAUAAUUUAUCUAAUUUUUAUUAUUGCUGUCAUUUCGAGACAAACUGCACGUACUUGCAAGUUUUCCAUUCUGAUUAGUUCUGCAGGAAGUGGCAGGAUGUGAAGCAUUAUCAGGAUUUAUUGCUUAAAACAGCAUGGUAUUCAUUAAGACCACAUUACAGAAUCUCUCAGAAUAGCCUAACAAUCAAAACAUUAAACGAAAAUUGAAGAAAAAAAGUCGCAGAAAAUCGUUGCUUCGAGUGUCGUCCCUUGCCAACCUACUUUCACCUAAAGCUACAAGGAAAGACACGCUCAAGAGAUCGCUCAGUUUCAAGGUUCCAAAUAUUCCAAAUACGCCACGGAACACGAUAUCACCGUAUAAAGCACCGCCUCCGUCUCCUGGACGAUGCCGCCUGUCACGUACCUGGAGUGACAUGAUGAAUGAAGAUGGGACGAUGCUGUCCAAACUUAGCCAUCAGGAUAUCAAGCAUCAAGAGGCAAUUUAUGAGCUAUACAUGGGGGAAUUGGACCUGAUUGAAGAUCUAAAUGUUGUUAAAAAUACAUAUCGUGAUUCCAUGCACAAGCUACAGCUGAUGACGGAUGGUGAACUAGAACAGAUAUUUGGUCCCAUUGAUGAGCUUAUGCCAAUACAUGAAGAUUUGGUGAAUAGGAUGAAAGGCCAAAGGCUACCUGAUGGCACUACACAGGAGAUAGGCUUCCAGCUGAGAGAAUGGAUCCCAAGUUUGAAGGUAUACAUCUCAUUUUGUGCUAAUCAAGUGUUUGGGAAGGCAUUACUGGAUGAGAAGAAGAAUGAUCCAGCUGUUGAUGAUUUCUUACAGAGAUGCCAGGAAUCACCUUUCAGCAGAAAACUUGAUCUGUGGGGACUGCUCGACGGUGCAAGAGGCAGAUUUAUGAAGUAUCCAUUGUUGUUGAGGAGUAUUCACAAAUAUAGCUCUGAUUGGUUAGAUUGCCAGCACCUUGCUGAGGCAGUGAGACUGGCUGAGGAAGUUGUUGCCGAGGCAGACAAGAAGACUGGAGGGGCAAAAUGUAUCUACUACAGAUCAAGGAUAUCAUAUCUCUAUGAUGACCAGAAGCAUCCAGAUAUAGAAAAAGCAACAAGUUUGUUGUGUAAUGGUACAUUAAAGAACAAUAAAGGGACAAAACUACAGUUGUUCUUGUUUGAUACGAUACUGGUUCUGACACGACUGGUGACGCAUAAUGGUCAGCAAGGGUUUCAGGUGUACAGGGACCCCAUACCUGUGUCACAGCUUGUUGUGGAAGACUUAAAGGACGGAGAAGUCAAAAUGGGGUCAUUUCGUUCAGCAUUUGGUUCUUCACAGACUUCUCGUAAUUUACUGAAGGUAUCGUUCAAAGACUUGAGUUUAGGACAGUCUCACACAUUAAUGUCGACAGACGAGCAUGAUAAACGGCAGUGGCUUACACUCCUGCAGCAAGCUGUAAAGGUCACACAGAAGGACGGAACACAUCAGACAGAUCAAAACCGUGCCAAUAAACAGGCUGACUGAAGGGAGAAACAGAAAAUUUGUUGGUUAACUCAAAGAAAUCACAGCACGAUGCAGUAAUCUCAUAUUCCACAGUGCUAACAUAUGAUUUAUCUGAGCCGGCAUGACUGUUAGAGAGGAAAAUAAGCUCUUACGAGCUUUUACAACCGACUGUGAAUACUCAUGAAAGGAAACAGGGUUGCAAUAUUGAGACAUGUUUGUGAAACAUGGAAUAGUGCUGUUAUAAAAAGAUGUCAUAGACAGACUUGAUAUAAAGAGUUGAUGCAUACUACUGGUCUUGAAUGUUUACACACUGGAAUUAUAUGAAGAUGAAUUAGAUACAGAGAUAAAAGUUGAUUUGUUUGACAAAGAUUGCUUCUGAUUCGGGAUAUGCUACGUUUUUGUGACAGUUACAAUUUGGUCAAAAUGUUGUGUACUGCAUAGAGAGCAUUGUUCAGGAAACUGAUGUUUUUGUAAUAGAUUUUUUUUGUCAAGUGUUUGUAGUUCUGCAUUGAACUCAACAGAACUAAAAAGUUGUAGUUUAGAAAAAAAAAGUUCUUUUUUUAUUGUUAUUAAAGUAAUUUGGUAAAAGUAGAACUUGUUCAGCAAUUUAACAUGUUCUGCAUCUUGUGUGGAAAGAUAACUCUUUAAAGGCAGUUAUUUUUGUAUGAAGACCCAUUUUUAGCUUUAUCUGUUGUCUGCAUAUAUUUCAGAUCUCUUGCAUAUUUGUUCUCCAUCAAACUACAUCUUACUCAUGUUUGUUGCAUGAUUUUUAGUUCAGUGAGACAUCUCUUUACAGUAUUGAGUAACUUGAAAUGUCUUUGCACUAUUAUCCAACUUUUUAAUACUAGUAUUACACAUAUAAUUAGAUCAGUUGUGCACAUCAUACACAAUAGGUAGAGCUAAUACAAAGCACAGCAGAACCAAUAUGGAAAUCAAACAUUUUGAUUGUUUUUAAAGGUGGGGGUGGGGGUGGGGGGUCAAAAUGCCCAGAAGUUACUUCCUUUGAAGUUUGUAAUGAUUUUAUUUUGUUGACAGUAUAAUCAGACAAUUUACAAUAGUUAACAGGUGUUGGAUGAAUGCAUAAAAUCAAAGGAUUUGGCUUCUAUUGAUAUCUUUGUUCUAGCCAGUAUUGUAAAGCCGAAUAUUAGAAUUUUUAUGAGUCAGUUGAUUCAAACUGGCUGUAUUAAUUGUCCUGAGACAGUCAUAUUGAUCUUCGGCCUUCUGCAAAUACAGUCUCCCUUCGACAAAUAACAAAGACAGUAUGAAAUUACUUGAUAAAUACAUUAAAAUAUAUGUACAAUAACUCGCAAUGUCUAUAAAUGUCAGUGUCUAUACAGUAACUUGCCAAAAUGAGCAAUGUAUGUUAGGCAGGAACUUAAAAAAGUGAUUACAGUAUAUUCCCGUAUUAACACCCCAGGGGGAUGUUAUAUUUUGCAACAUAGUGACAUUUAUUAUGGAGCAAAGAAAAAUUGUUUUAGACCUUUAUAAGUUCAAUACUCCAUUUAGUAAAAUUUAGUAAAAUGUUUACUUGGGGUGCUCCACAUAUAUUCAAAACAUAUUAAUAAAAUGUUACAUGGCAAUUGCUACAAGUACGGUAUAAACAAUAACUGAUUUUCCCCACCAUCAUUUUUGUCAAGCCCGUUUGCGGAUGCGAAGACAUUGUUGUCCAAAUUGCUCUUCGGUGUGUGUGCGUGCAUCCGUCCGUCCAGAUUUGUUUGUCUGGACCAUAACUUUGACAUGCAAUCUUGUUUAUAUUUGGCAUGAAUGUUAAUCGCAGUGAGACUGAGUGUCAUGCACUAACCCCAGGUUCCUACCUCAAAGGUCAAGGUCACAGUUGGAGGUCAAAGGUCAUGUCAGAUCUUGCGUGGCCCAUAACUUUGACAUGCCUUGAGGAAUCUUGUUUAUAUUAGACAUGACUGUUAACUUCAGGUGUUGAUAAUUUAAAACAUAUACAUGGAUAGGGAAAAAGAACAUGUAUCAAAAUUAGUGUGAAAAACUUACCGAUAAUUAAUAGCCAUGGACAUUAUGUAAUUCUGAUGUAGUGAACAGAAAAAUUACUUUUCAGUAUAUUGAAAGUGUCUUUGGAAGCAAUUUUUAUGUGCACUUGUGCCUUAAUUUACCAAAUUUGCUAGGUCAAGCAGGAAUUUUCCUUCAAUAAAUAUGUUAAAUAAUUUUAUUUUGUCAACAUACAUGUAUGUAGCGAUGUGUUAAUAAGGGAAAACACAGUAUAUACUGGAGUUUCACCAAAUUUGGUCCACACCUGUCCACCAUGGAUUUUUCUCAGUUUUCAAUUUUUAAGAAAAUUAAUUUCUGAUUCUACAUAUAGGUGACACCAAUAUUUUGUACAAUUCAACAUUGCAUGCACAUUACAUUGUAUAUAUAGAGAGUAGAAUAGAAGUUGUACAUUUUUGAGGCCAGUAAUAUAUUAUAAUUUUAAGAUGCUCUCAUUUGUUAUCUUUCUGUCUCUUUUCUUCCUGUCUUUCUGUCUGUUGUGUAUAGUUUUCAAGCAUGUUUUUGUCUUAUGCAAGAAUUACACUGAUUUUGUAAAAUUUUGCAAUUUUUAGCUCACCUGUCACAGAGUGACAAGGUGAGCUUUUGUGAUCGUGUGGCGUCCGUGCAUGUGUCUGUCCGUAAACUUUUGCUUGUGACCACUCUAGAGGUCACAUUUUUCAUGGGAUCUUUAUGGACGUUGGUCAGAAUGUUUAUCUUGAUGAUAUCUAGGUCAAGUUCGAAACUGGGUCAUGUGCGGUCGAAAACUAGGUCAGUAGGUCUAAAAAUAGAAAAACCUUGUGACCUCUCUAGAGGCCAUACUUUUCAAUGGAUCUUCAUAAAAAUUGGUCAGAAUGUUGACCUUGAUGAUAUCUAGGUCAAGUUCGAAACUGGGUCAACUGCGGUCAAAAACUAGGUCAGUAGGUCUAAAAAUAGAAAAACCUCGUGACCUCUCUAGAGGCCGUACUUUUCAAUGGAUCUUCAUGAAAAUUGGUCAGAAUGUUCAUCUUGAUAAUAUCUAGGUCAAGUUUGAAACUGGGUCACGUGCCAUCAAAAACUAGGUCAGUAGGUCAAAUAAUACAAAAACCUUGUGAUCUCUCUAGAGGCCAUAUUUUUCAUGGGAUCUGUAUGAAAGUUGGUCUGAAUAUUCAUCUUGAUGAUAUCUAGGUCAAGUUCGAAACUGGGUCAACUGCGGUCAAAAACUAGGUCAGUAGGUCUAAAAAUAGAAAAACCUUGUGACCUCUCUAGAGGCCAUAUUUUUCAAUGGAUCUUCAUGAAAAUUGGUCAGAAUGUUCACCUUGAUGAUGUCUAGGUCAAGAUUGAAACUGGGUUACAUGCCAUCAAAAUCUAGGUCAGUAGGUCAAAUAAUAAAAAAAUGUGACCUCUCUAGAGGCCAUAUUUUUCAUGGGAUCUGUAUGAAAGUUGGUCUGAAUAUUCAUCUUGAUGAUACCUAGGUCAAGUUUGAAACUGGGUCAACUGCAGUCAAAAGCUAGGUCAGUAGGUCUAAAAAUAGAAAAACCUUGUGACCUCUCUAGAGGCCAUAUUUUUCAAUGGAUCUUCAUGAAAAUUUGUCUGAAUAUUCACCUUGAUGAUGUCUAGGUAAAAUUUGAAACUGGGUCACAUGUGGUUAAAACUAGGUCAGUAGGUAUAAAAAUAGAAAAACCAUGUGACCUCUCUAGAGGCCGUACUCUUCAUGAGAUCUUCAUGAAAAUUGGUGAGAAUGUUCACCUUGAUAAUAUCUAGGUCAAGUUCAAAACUGGGUCAUGUGCCUUAAAAAAUAGGUCAUUAGGUCAAAUAAUAGAAAAACCUUGUGACCUCUUUAGAAGCCAUAGUUUUCAAUGGAUCUUCAUGAAAAUUGGGUCAUGUGGAGACAGGUGAGCGAUUCAGGACCAUCAUGGUCCUCUUGUUAUAAUUUUUUAUGUAGAAACGGACUGUGUUGAUAGGGUUUAUGAUAUGUAUGUACAAUCUAACCUGUAUGAAGCAGCCAGUUAAAGAAGUGACACAGUCUGGCUGCUUCAUACAGGUGGUUGCUUAAGACAAGUUUAAAUUAGAAAAAAAGUUUUUGAAAGCUAGCUGUCUGACUGCUGACGGUAAGUGCCUGUUCUAUACAGGUGAUUGCAAGGCAGAUUCAGCUGUAUAGUUAUAAAAGAUAAUGUCAACUUAAUGAAUCCCUGUGUACUAAGGGAAUUGGAAAUGAUUUUACCCUGUAGAAUGACAACAAGACCCAAGGUCUUAGCUCUUAGGACAUCGUCACAAAUACAGUUUCUUAUGAAACAUGUUUGUACUGUUGAAAUCUUGAGUGUUUUGUAGUUGGGUGACCUUCAGUGACCUUUCUGUAAAAGUUGACUUCAAAAACAUUGUCUUUUAACACUGUUCAGCAUUUGAAAACUUAUAUUAUUAAGUGUCUUAAUGAAAGUUACUCUCAGAACAUUGGUGAAUGAGAGCCUCAGGCGUCACCUUAAUGGUCUGGCCAUUAAUUGUUCUGUUUCAACAAGUCAUGGUUAUUGCACUGUUUUAGAGUCAACAGCAUACAGUUACUGAAUUGCCAGUCAAUAGUCAAAACUAUUUGCCCUUGGUCCAAAGCAUAGAGAUCUAAUAUCUUUGACAAUUUAGCGAAUAGCUUUUCAAUAAAUCUUAUAUUACAUGACAUUACAAAUGUGUUUCAAAGUUGUUUUUCUCAUUUUUUUACUUUAGCCCAUCAAACUUAUAACUAUAGACCAGUCAGUAGCACAGACUAUAGACUGGUGAUUUAUAUAAGGAGACUAAAUGAGUCAUGUAAUGAUAUACAAUAAACUACAUAUAUGUCUUGUCUAAUUUAGAAGAUUCAGGUAUGAUCAUAAAGUUAACAGAUUAGGAUUGACACUGAAGAAAGGAUAUGAGAUUUACCUUGCACUUAGUGUGUUUGUCAGUAUAUGUUUGUGAAAGUGUUUUUUUCUUGUCUUGUUAACUCUCAGUAAGCCAUAUACGUGUAGUGUAGUUAACUAGUCAUGGGACGUCAGUGUUAGUGCCAAGUGGAUUUUUACUCAGUCUAAUUGAUGUAAAAUUUCUCUUUUAUAAUGUUAUAUGUUAUUACAACAAAAUAAUUAAUGAUUCUGUUUCAAUAGGAAAAUAAUGUGAAAAAUUACUGUUACGUCCCAGCUUUGAAGGAAAGCUGAAUAUUGUUUUGCUCAUUGUCUGUCCAUCUGUCAGUUGAGGUGUCCAUUUGUUGGUAAACACUUUGGUUUCUGAUCAAUAAUUAAUGAAUGUUUAGGCCUACUGUAUUCAAACUUCAUAGGAUAUUUGUGUCAGUAUUUGACCCCUAUUAUUUUUUGGGUCAAUAAGUCAAAGGACAAGGUCACAGUGUAGUCAAAAUUAAACAUCACCUUUAGACUGAAUAUUGUUUUGCUUAAUAACUACAAAGGCUUGGACCUAAAGUGGUCAAACAUCUUGGGAUGAUUGCUGCUGGUUAGAUAAUGAACCCUGUUGCUUUUUGGGGGUCUAUAUAUCAAAGUUUUUGGUGUUUGUAGGUCAAAGGUUACACCUUAACCUUUAACUGAUCAAUAACUAGAGGAGUCUUGGGACUACCAUUGUUAGAUUUAAUAGGAUGGUUGAUUGUGGUCUGUAGAUGAGGCUUGUAUUUUUUUAUGUAAAAAAAAAUCUAAGGUUAAGGUCACAGUGACUGCAAAACUGAAAGCAGUUUCCAUCUAUAAGUGGAGAAAUCCUGGGGUUAUGGUUGUCAGAUUUAAUAUGAUAUUUGCUUAUGGUCAGUUCAUGACUGUUUCUCUUUUAUGGUCUGUAGUUCAAAGUUCAAGGUCAGUGAGAUUAUAAAAAGCUUAAUCAGUAGCUGGAGAACAAUUGGGCCUACAUCCAUCAUACUUAAAAGCUUCAUCAUCUGUGGUAGGCAGAGAAUUCCUUUCAUAAUUAGGUCAAGUCAAGCUUUGAGCAUGCUUGAGCCUGAACAUUACACAGAUAGUCUCGUCAACAAUUGGGGCAUAGUGAUUCACAAGCAGCUCUUGUUGUUUUUUUUUUCAUUGCUUUUAAUCAAAACCUACUUGGCACAAACAUUUUUGUUGUUUUUUUCUCUUUUGGUGCCUAUUUGUAUACUUAAAUAGCGAGGUUAACUUUCACGCUAAUAUUAGUACGAAUAUUUUAUGGCUGUUUUUUUUUUUUCAUGCUUCUAAGUGAAUGUUGAAAAGAAAAACAACAGAUUAUAGGUGGAAAAAAUAAAUGUGGAAGAUUGCUUCAUUUUUGGAGAAUAAAACUUGCCUUUAUUACAUGAUACACUUUUGUACAUACAUGUUUGAUUUGUCCCUCCUUUAAUUUACUAUUUUUGUAACUAUUUUAUUUUGUCAUCAUUUAAUAUAUUUCCCACUUUUUGUGUAAGUUUUGCCCCCCUUCAGGGUAGUGUGGGUAUGCAGUCUUGCUUAUUGUUGGUUGGUCUAGAUUAUUUGGUUCAGUCAAAAACUAGAGAACAAUUUGUAGGGUGGGUGACCAGCAAGGCAGAGGUCAAAAUUGCAAUGACUUCAGUGCAGAAAAUGGUUUGCAAUCAGUAACAGGAGAAUGCUUUGAUCAACAGCAGUCAAACUUCACAGGAUUAUUGACUGGUCAGUACAUAUAUCCUGUUAUUUUAGGGUUCAGUAUAUCAAAGGUCCAGGUCACAUUGACCUUGAUACUAAGAUGUGAUCUUAUCAGUAGCUGGAGAAUAUUUGGGCCUGCAAAUAUCACACUAAAUAGCUUGAUUGUUUAUGAUCUGAAGAUGACCCCUAUUGUUUUGAAGGUCAGAAGGUCAUGGCCAUGGUAACAUUUAGACUAAAAUUGGUUUAUAUAUAGCUGGAGUGUUCUUGAGCCAGCAGCCAUCAAACUUCAUAGCAUUAUUGUCUAUAAUUUGUAGAUGACCCUAAUGAUUUUAGGGUCAUUUUGUCAAAGGUCAAGGUCAUAGCAGACUGAAGAUUACCCAGUGACCUCUCACAGGCCAUCAUGUGGGGAGGGAUUAUGUAUUUUACAAACAGCUCUAGCUAAGUUUACACUACCAAACAUAUCUGGUCCCUUGUAACUAUUUAUGAAAUGAAAUUUGUUUACCGGUGUAUUUAAAUAUAUCACUAUGAAUGAAUAUAAAUUGUCAUUACUCAUUAUAUUUUACACUUGCUUACUUCACUUUUCUGUCCCGCUUGACUCUUGGACAACUUGUGUAUAAAAAAAUUGAAACACUGCCUAAGCCUUUGGUGACAAAUAGUGUCUGAACGCUUAGUUUAACUGUAUCUCUGUGAUUCCUUUAGGUAAUUUUGAUACCGUACCUCAUAUUUUUAUUUCAAUUAAACUGAGAUGUGAAGCCAAAAUAUUUAGUCAUGUUUGGUGCCAUAUAACCUGUACUGUGUUGGUGUGCUGUAAAAGCCAAAUCAACAUUCAUACACAUUUCAUGGACAAAAGUGCAUAUUUCAGACUUCCUUCAGUUUCAUUUUAACGAUUAUGUUUAAUGCAUAUAAGUCAGUUAUUUAAUUGUGUAGGAAUCAUAACUUGAAUAUAUAUGAAAUAUCUGAAUAGGUGUACUUUUUUUUCUUAGAAAAAUGUAUAUAGUUUAAGUGUAUGUCACUUUCCUAUCCAUGCUUUAUUCAAACUCCCUUAAAUUUUCUUUAGACCAUGGUUUAGUUUUCUGAGAAAUUUGAGGGAAGAUUUUUCGUUGAAUUAUUUACUAUUAUGAACUGUAUUUUUGUUUUAGAAAUACAGCAAAAUUAAAAAAAAAACCUCUCCAGUUUCCCUUUGAUUAAAGUAUUUAUUAGGGAACAUCGAACAGUUAAAGUUGUGUUUUCUUUUUGGAAUGAGAGGGGAUAUUUUAAUAAAAAAAGAACUUUCUUCAGUCAGACUUCAUAUUCAUUAUCAGUACAAAUUGGUUAAAACUGCCAGAGAUGGGUAGUUCUAUUUAAAUCAAAAAGGAGUAAGAGUGAGAAGUGUUCCUCAGUUCAGUAAAAAAUGUAUUUCGAAUGAAACAGAAAAGUCACUUAUUGUAAUAGUGUAGUAUUGUUAGCAGAAGUUUCAAUAGAAAUCAAAAUGACAUACAAUUUCUUCAUCUUUCAUCUUUUGUACAGCAAGUACAAUGUAUCAUUUAUCAUCUUAUAAUGUAUGUAUUCAUAUAAUAUUCUAUAUAUUUGUAUUCAGCAUUAAGUAUACAUAACCUCUUUAUACUAGUAUUCUAAUCAUACAAAUACUUCCUGUUGUUGUUGUUUCAGAAGCUUAUUUUUGGGGUCAAAAGUCAUUAAUAUGAGCUUUUGGUAUAAGUAAGUAUAAUUUAGUGCAUUUAGGACAAAAGCUCAUCAUGAGCUGUUUGUGUAAGUAAUUUUUUAGCGCAUUUGAGGCAAAAGCUCAGUUUUAGCUUAUUUUGGGGUCAAAAAUCAUUGUGAGCUUUUGGUAUAAGUAAGUAUAAUUUAGUGCAUUUGGGACAGAAGCUCAUCAUGAGCAGUUUAUGUAAGUAAUUUUUAGCUCAUUUGAGGCAAAAGCUCAGUUUUAGUUUAUUUUUUGGUCAAAAUUCAUUGCGAGCUUUUUUGGGGUCAAAAAUCAUUGUGAGCAUUUGGUAUAAGUACAUAUAAUUUAGUGCAUUUGGGACAAAAGCUCAUCAUGAGCUGUUUAUGUAUGUAAUUUUUUAGCUCAUUUGAGGCAAAAACUCAGUUUUAUCUUAUUUUUGGACAAAAGCUCAGCGUGAGCCGAUAGUAAAACAAUUUACUUUUAAACUCAUUUUAAGUGAAAUCUCUGUGUUAGCUGAUAGAAUAAGUUUGUUUUAAUUUCAUUUUAGGCAAACACUCAUUAUGGGUGAUAUUACAAUGGCAGUUAUUUAACUUGCUAAAGACAAAAGCUCAAUAUGAACCAAUUGUAUAAAUAAAUUCUUAAGCUGAUUAGAAAUAUUUUGAACAGUUUGUAUAGGUAAGUUCUAUGCUUCAGAAUGUUGCUGUAUACAACAGAUUCCGCUUAACUUCUACAGGUCAAAAUUUUCACCAAUUUCUUGGGUUGGUUUUUUUUUUCUUGGUUAUUCAUAUUUAACUGUUGUGGUUUCAUGAUAAGAUUUACAGGAAGGUAAGAAAUUUAAAACUAGGAAUCUUACAUCAGGUUAUUUUAUCAAACUAAGAAAAAUUGGAAUCUGUUGUGUGUGUUCAUACGUUUUUGUUUUCAUUGCUAUUAAAAAGUGCUUGGCAGAACAGACAUAUAGAAACAUUGUUAUUGACAAGGACAUAAAUAGAUAGGGAUUUGUAAUACAUUAUUCCUGUUAUUGAUGAGUAAUUUAACAACAUUUUAAAAUAGGGAUAAGUAAUAGCAGUUUGAUGUCAUAUGAACUAUAAACAGAAAUGUCUGUUAGUUUGAUUUUACAUUUUUAGCUCGACUAUUCGAAGAAUAGUCUAGCUAUUCUACUCACCCUGGCGUCGGCGUCGGCGUCACACCUUGGUUAAGUUUUUGCAUGCAAGUACAUACAGCUAUCAUUUAAAGGCAUAUAGCUUUGAAACUUAUUUAUUCUUUUUCUAGGUCAAUUACCAACCUCACUGGGUCAAGUUCCAUAACUCUAACAUGUAUUUUGAGCAAAUUAUGCCCCCUUUUGGACUUAGAAAAUUCUGGUUAAAGUUUUACAUGCAAGUUACUAUCUCCAAAACUAAUGCAGAUAUUGAAUUGAAACUUCACAUGUGUCUUCGGGGUUAUAAAACUAGUUGAUAGCACCAAGUCCCAUAACUCUGACCUUCAUUUUGGCCAAAUUAUGCCCCCUUUUGGACUUAGAAAAUUCUGGUUAAAGUUUUGCGUGCAAGUACAUACAGCUAUUACUAAAAGGCAUAUAGAUUUGAAACUUAUUUUUUCUUUUUCUAGAUCAAUUACCUACCUCACUGGGUCAAGUCCCAUAACUCUGGCAUGUAUUUUGGCCAAAUUAUGCCCCCUUUUGGACUUAGAAAAUUCUGGUUAAAGUUUUGCGUGCAAGUACAUACAGCUAUUACUAAAAGGCAUAUAGAUUUGAAACUUAUUUUUUCUUUUUCUAGAUCAAUUACCUACCUCACUGGGUCAAGUCCCAUAACUCUGGCAUGUAUUUUGGCCAAAUUAUGCCCCCUUUUGGACUUAGAAAAUUCUGGUUAAAGUUUUGCGUGCAAGUACAUACAGCUAUUACUAAAAGGCAUAUAGAUUUGGAACUUAUUUAUUCUUUUUCUAGAUCAAUUACCUACCUCACUGGGUCAAGUUCCAUAACUCUUAACAUGUAUUUUGAGCAAAUUAUGCCCCCUUUUGGACUUAGAAAAUUCUGGUUAAAGUUUUACAUGCAAGUUACUAUCCCCAAAACUAAUGCAGAUAUUGAAUUGAAACUUAACAUGUUUCUUCGGGGUUAUAAAACUAGUUGAUAGCAUCAAGUCCCAUAACUCUGAUAUGUCCCCUUUUGAACUUAAAACUCUUUUGAUAUUUAACAUUUUGGGUAAUAAUUUCCAGCUUCUGUGACAAUAUUUCGAAUAGUCGAGCUUGGCUGUCUUAUGGACAGCUCUUGUUCAUACUGGUUCUAGAUUUUUAGUGAUGUACAACUUGUACUUUUUCUUAAUAUUUCCAAAUUUCAUUUUGCAAUGUUCGUCAUUGUAGUUUCACUGGUAAAGUAUCAUGUCCUUAUUCUAUUUGACACUGGUAACUAUUCACCAUCGAUCAUCUUUUGUUAUUAACAUUUUAGAGAAACAGUUGUACCAUUUAGAGCAUUUAGGCACAUUUAUGGGCACCUUUGUUCAAGUUUACAGUUAAAACUUCAACUUCUUUAUGUUGAAAAAUUUACUGGUUUUAGUGGGGAAAAAAAUGAACAUAUUAUAAAAACAAAUACGAAUAAUAAAGUGAAAUAUUUAAACACUG